AUGGAGUGCCCAAAUUCACCACAUUACAGGAGCCAUGUCUUAGUCACCGGCGCUACAGGGUUCAUCGGGGCGCACGUCGUAGAUGUUCUCCUGUCCCGGGGGCUCAGGGUCCGCGGCGCUACCCGAUCUCUCGCGAAAGGGGAUUCCAUGAUAAAGGCUCGGCCCGAGUACGCCGGCAAGCUCGACUUCAUCCAAAUUGACGACUUUGAGAAUCUUGGUGUCUUCUCCGAGGCCAUCAAAGAUGUCGACGCUGUGGUCCACGUUGCUAGUCCUUUCACCUACGACACCAUGAACAACGAGAAAGAACUAAUCAUACCAGCCAUCAACGGCGUGCGGUCUAUCCUGGAAGCAGCUGCUACCAACCCCAAAAUCACUCGAGUGGUCAUCACUUCCUCCUUCGCAUCCGUCCUCGACGUCAACCGCAAGGCGCCACCAUACUUCACAUACACGGGUGAAGAUUGGAACCCCCUGACCUACGAAGAGGCUGCAUCUCCGGAGAUAAGCGCCGUGGUCGCCUACCGAGGUUCCAAGAAAUUCGCAGAAAGGGCGGCAUGGGACUUCAUCAAGGAGCACAGCCCUCGCUUCGAUAUUGUAACGCUGUGCCCGCCGAUGACCUUUGGCCCAGUGGUUCACCCCGUAAGCAGCGUCGAUGAACUGAACGAGUCAAACGCAAUGCUGUGGAAGGUUGCAUGUGGACAGAAGCCCCUGCCUGUUGCUCGCGUGCCAUUCUGGAUCGAUGUCAGAGAUCUUGCUAUGGCGCAUGUGGAAGCGCUCUUCAGAUCAGAAGUGGGCAACAGGAGAUUCGUCCCGGCGGCCAAAGAUCGAUUCUCAUAUGGUUUGGCCGCCAAGAUCAUCGAGGAGAAGUUUGAUUGGGCCAAGGGCAAAGUUGCGCUGGAAGAACAAGUGAUCGACGCUUCGCAUGGGCUUGAUGGGGAAACGGCGGCGAGAGAGCUUGGCUUCGAGUACCGAACUUUUGAUCAAACGGUCGUCGACCUCAUUGACCAGGUAACGAAAUUGGAAGGCGGGGCAAUGUGA